AUGUCUGCUGCGAUCCCUCAAUACACUGUUUCUGACUACGCCAAGUUUGCCUUGGCUGGUGCCAUUGGUUGUGGUGUUACCCACUCUGCCAUGGUCCCUAUCGAUGUUGUGAAGACCAGAAUCCAAUUGGAACCAACUGUUUACAACAAAGGUAUGGUCAGCUCUUUCAAGCAGAUCAUUUCCAGCGAGGGUGCUGGCGCUCUUUUGACCGGUUUCGGUCCUACCUUGUUGGGAUACUCCCUACAAGGUUCUUUCAAAUUCGGUGGUUACGAAGUGUUCAAGAAGCUUUUCAUCGACACUUUGGGUUAUGACCAGGCCGUCAACUACAAGAACUCCAUCUACAUCGGUUCUGCCGCCAUUGCUGAGUUCUUCGCCGAUAUUGCCUUGUGUCCUUUGGAAGCCACCAGAAUUAGAUUGGUGUCUCAGCCAAACUUCUCCAACGGUCUUGUCGGUGGUUUCUCUAGAAUUAUGAAGGAAGAAGGUCUAAGCUCUUUCUACAACGGUUUCACUCCUAUCUUGUUCAAGCAGAUUCCAUACAACAUUGCCAAAUUCUUGGUCUACGAACGUGCUGCCGAAGUCUACUUUGGCCUCGCAGGUCCAAAGGAGGGCUUGAGCACCUCUGCAACCACAGGUUUGAACUUGCUCUCUGGUUUGACCGCUGGUUUGGCCGCUGCCAUUGUUUCCCAGCCAGCUGACACUUUGUUGUCGAAGGUCAACAAGGCAAAGAAGGCUCCUGGUCAAUCCACUAUCGGCUUGUUGGGUCAGCUAGCCAAGGAACUAGGUUUCGUCGGUUCUUUCGCCGGUCUGCCAACUCGUUUGGUCAUGGUCGGUACCUUGACCUCUUUGCAGUUCGGUAUCUACGGCUCAUUGAAGAAGUCGCUAGGUUGCGCUCCAGCUAUCGAAAUCGCUAGCAAAUAA